AUCCACUACCAUGCUCAUGACUGACAUAUAAAGCACCGCUCUCCACUGAUGAGCUUGUGAUGUCUCUACCUUUUACUUCUGCAGGUUGCAAUGUUGGGAUGAAUACAAAGAAAUUGGUUAUUUGGGGACAGAUAAAAAUGAAAAUACAUUACACACUUUGUCACACUUUUAAUUUGAAAGAGCUUUGAGAAAUGUAGGAUCUAUGUAUUAAGGUGAGAGUGAGUCCCAUGUUUAGAAUCUCUAUCUAAGUUGUAUUCCCUUCUGUUAGUGGAUAGCUUUUGGUAAUCAUAUGGUAACUUAUGUGCAUGUUGGUAUUUUGGUUGGUUGACUGAACUGGAACCAAAAACACACCAGUGUAGACAGCACCCCAUCCCUCCCCAUCAGUAUUUAUGUAGUUCACUGUGAAACAUGGUGACUUCAGUUUGAAAAUAGGACUAGAGAAAGCUGCAAGAAGAGAAAUAUGGAGGAGCUAGCCUGUAUCCAUUCCUUAAAUAGCUCUUGGGUAUGAGGUACCUGUCUAUAAUAGAUGCUCAAUAAGUAUUUGUUAAUUUUUUUUAAAAAACCCUAUCACCAUUAAAAUAAAAUAAUACCUUCAUAUAUAUCUGGCAACUCCAAAGGCACUUCAGGUGGCACUGUCAGUCCAGCAGCUUGAGUAAGAUAUAGUUGCCUAAAAAGAACAAAUGAGAAAAGCAGUCUGUCAGUCCACAAAUAUUAUACCAUCUGCUCACUGGUGUCUAUCUCUCUGUUAGGUGUUGGAGACACAUAGAUGAAAAAUGAGACAUAGUUUCUACCUUUGAGGAGCAUGAGGCCCAGUGGGGUGGCAGACAGGCUUACAGUAUUUUAGGGUGAUGGUCUCUACCCUGAUGGUGAGUGGUGGAGUGUGAAAAAUGCUAGGGGGACAAAGAGAAGAAGCACCUGAUUGAGCUUUAGGAGGUCAGGGAAGGUUUCCAGGAGGAGAUGGUACCUGAGCUGAGUCUUGAAGAACGAGGGGCUCUUUGCCAGGGAAGGGCUUGGGGUGAGGAAGGGCAGUGAGUGAUAAUGGAAUAACACACCGGGAAUGAAAGUGAGCAUGACACCCAUUAGGGUGCUGUUGUAGUAAUCCAGGGGAGGAACAAGUGUGGCCUGAAUGGAUGGUUUUAAAAAGAAGAGAAAAAGAGAAAGACGGCGAGCAGCAGGAAUCCCAGAUGACAGGGAGGUUCCAGCUGUUGCUGAGGGGUAGGUUUCAGUCACAUGCCUGGUUACGUGUACGUCUGCCAACACAGCUCUCUGUGCAUGUGUGUAAGCCUGUGCUCUGCUUUUCAGCACCCAUGGAACUUUCAACCAGAACAUAUGACGUCUUGAAAGCUCCCUAUAGCUUUUCCAUGAAGUUUGCCUGAAGACAGCAUGAAUCGGACUCUUGCAGAUAUUCAAACUACCCCCCAUGCUUAGCAGCUCAGCAAUUGGAGUGAAGCCCCUGGAUUACAGGAAUAAAUGUGACUUGGAAUGCCAGGCUAUUUUCUCUACCUCGAAGGUAGUUUGACUCUUCCACUAACUAUCAAAGGAAACAAUGUUAACAGUCCACAAGGUAACCGGAAGCCCAGAAGACCUCCAGGAAGCUACCAUAAAGCUGUUCACUUCCUCCUUUGGGCUAACUCCACACCUCAUCCAUCUUCUGCUGCACUGACCUAUCAUCCACCACAAUGCUGGGACAUCACGAAUCAAUGGAUUCUUGAGUCUGGGCUUCUCACAUAGGUUUAGUUUCUGGUCCAGGAAACAUGUCACCACCUCUGCCUUUUGCAAGAUUGCAAUGGUUGGCAAAAAGAAUGACCUCAUCUCCCUGGCUCAAGUUAUCAGCUUGUCCAAUCUCUGGAACUUUCUAUGACUCAGCUGGCAUCCUUCACAGAUCUGACUGAUGAACUUGGGCCUCUUUCUGAAGAGUGACUAACAGGUGUUCCAGGAGAGAUUCAUGCAUCCACCACAGAAAUGCCUGAGAUAUACCAGCCUCACAUUUUUGUACACCAAUCAGAACACCCUGAGAAGGAAUCAACGUGGACUGGAUGAGGAUAUGCUCACAACCACCCCAUAUUUGGAUGGAGGGGCUAUCAGCAUUCCUGCACCUUCGAGCCGGAGAAGCAGCGGUGGGGCAAGGCUCCUGCACAUGUGCUUAUUCACUUCUUGAACAAAGAGACAUGCGGUCAGAGGAACCUUCCAGCAAGCCUCUUAUCUGCUUUCCUAAGGAGCCAGUGUGUUGUAAUGCUGGGUCCCCCUCAGGCUAUACCCACACAAGGAUACAUCCACCUACAGUGAAAGAGCGUGAGCCCGAGAAUGAGGACCAACCUCUCCUAAAAUGAGAACUCACUCCCUGUCUUACCCAUAAGUGGCACUGAAAGAAUUCACACAGCAAGUCUGAGACUGUUUAUCCUUAGGCCUGCUUACAAGCUUGAUCCUUUACUGGUGUCUGGGAACUUGGAUUUGAGAAGGGUUCACACCACUCUAAAUGGUAUCACGAGAUGCUCAGGUGCUGCGGCCUCUCCUCGAGUUGAUGACCCAGACACAAGGAGAAUCUACUGAGUCUGAGACUGGUCCAGAGUGGGAGUGUGAGUCGGAACGCCGCUGUGGGAACAAGUGAGCUGUCUGGCAAGGAAUGCAGAGUCCUUCUGAGAGCCUCCUCUCCACGUCGUUCCCUGGACCACCACUUCCUCUCUGGAAGGGCCGUGGAGGACUUUGCAAUCAGCCACCUGAAACUUUUGCCGGGCCAACGUAAGACUUGUGCUGCAGAGUUGAACAAAAUAUUACUUCAUUUAAUUUUUUGCAUCUUCUAAUCAUUGAGCAACAGUCAUAGUUGUUUUGCUUUGAGAACUGUAGGCCAGAUUGGUUGCUCUUAUUUUUGUGUAUGCUUUUCAUAAUGAUUGACUUGAGCUUCCUGACAGAGGAGGAGCAAGAAGCCAUCAUGAAGGUUCUGCAGCGGGACGCUGCCCUGAAGAGGGUUGAAGAGGAGAGAGUCAGACAUUUGCCUGAAAAAAUUAAGGAUGACCAACAGUUGAAGAAUAUGAGUGGCCAGUGGUUUUAUGAAGCCAAGGCAAAAAGGCACAGAGACAGAAUUCAUGGUGCAGAUAUCAUCAGAGCAUCCAUGAGAAAGAAGAAGCUCCAGGUAGCAGCAGAGCAGAGUAAGGACAGAGCAAAUGAGGCAAAGGCAAGUUGGGUGAAUAACGUCAACAAAGAUGCUUUCCUCCCCCCAGAACUAACUGGUGCUGUGGAUGAGCCAGAAGAUGUCGCCCCAGCAAGCCCAAGUUCUGUCUUGGUAAAUCAAGCCUCCACCGUGAUGGAUACAUCCCAGGAAAACACAAAGAAGUCAGCUGUGUCUCCGGCUAAGCAAAGGAAAAAUCCAUUUAAUAGCUCCAAGUUGCCAGAAGAUCACUUAUCUCAACAAACCAAAAGUGAGCCAUCACAAAAUGGAAAGGCUGGUUUCUCUCAGACUUCAAAAGAAGGUGAAUUGUCAGAGUCAAAAGAAAACUCAUCUAUCCCAGAUACUUCAAGCCAAAAUUUAGAGAAACCAAAGCAGACAUUUCCAGGCUCCGAGAAUGGAUCUCCGGUCAAAGCUCCAAUCCCCAAAGCCAGGAAAAUUCUCCCCAAAUCACAUGAGUUAAAGCAAGAAGAUAACCAGUCUUUUCCUCGACAAAGGACAGACUCCCUGAGCACGAGGCGGGCUCCCAGGGGGAUCCUGAAACGCAACUCCAGUUCCAGCAGCACAGACUCAGAAACAGUUCGUUUUCAUCAGAACUUGGAACCCAAAAGCAAAAUUGUGUCCCCUGGCCUCACCAUCCAUGAGAGAAUUUCUGAGAAGGAGCAUUCUUUAGAAGAUGACUCCUCAAACUCCCUGGAGUCAUUGAAGCAUGUGAGAUUCUCUGCAGUGAAGGAUGAGCUCCCGCAGAGUCCUGGGCUAAGCCGUGGCUGGGAAGUAGGAGAAUUUAGUGUUUUAGAAUCUGACAGGUUAAAGAAUGGAACGGAAGAUAAUGUGGACGUCGAUGAGUUUUGGAAUGACCCUAAGCCUUCCCAAUACAGGAAGCCUUUGCCUUUACAUCAGUCAGCCUCAAGCCCAAGUGCAUCAAAAAAUGGAACACAGCAGCAAGUGACUUCUGGUUCUUUUCCAAUGAAUGGGCACCAUUCUCCCUUAGAAGUUUUAACUCCAAGACCAGAGUCUGUUGAAAAUUCAUCCACCACCAAUGAACACAAAGCUAAACCAUCAGAAUUAUCAAGGCUUGAAUCAGAAUUGUCCAAAAGCCCUGCUGAUGGACUGUCUUGUGUUGAGCCUGAGCCAUCUCAGGUGCCAGAUCACAGUUCUAGAGACCAUCAGCAAGGUAAGCCCCCUCUUCUCAAGGCCCUAAAAGCUAGGACGUCCUCACACUCUGGUCCAUUUGCCACUGAGAUAAGGAAGACAACUGACGAUUCCAUAUCUAAAGUCCUAGACUGGUUUAAUCGAAGUUCUCAUUCAGAAGACAAUAAGUCAUCUCUCCAACAUCCCCAAGGAAUAGAGCUGAAAGAAGAAACAGAAUCACCGAUUGCUACUGCCUUGGUGAGAGAUGACACCAUUCUAAAAGAAAAUGGCUCAAAGGCUCUGUUACCCACCAAAGUUAAAUUGAUGCCUAUGGAAUCUGAUUCAACAUUCCAGGGAAAGGUAAAUACACUGCCUUCUAGGACUUGCCAAAAUAAUAAUGUGAAUAUCAAACCCAAAUCCAUUCAUUUGUCCCAACAAGGCAAGGAAGGUCCAGCCAUAUUUCAACCAUGUGAAAUCUAUGGCCCAAAUCAAGGGAGUAAAACUAUGGACUCUAGCCAAGUUUCAAAAAACAGAGGAGAAGGAAAUCGAGUACUUACUCCAAUCAGUAACAAUUCCUACAGUGCUCUCAAAGGACCUGAUGCAGAACACCAAGUUCCAUGCAACAUUAAGGAUGUUGGCAGCUUAGAUGAAGAAGAGCCUAAGCUUCAUGUUUAUGAAAAAAAUAGAGGAAACUCAGAAGUGAAUUUUGACUCUAUAAUACUUGUCAAAAAAACAAGUUUGAAAGAGAACAUGAAGGCAGAGAGAGAGAGCAAAGGAGGAGAUCCACACAUCCUGAAAGCUUCUUUAGAACCAGAGAAUAUUGAGUCACUACAUGGGGCUACCAAAAACAAAUCUUGGGAGAAGCCUGAGGUCCAGUUAAAAGAAGCUGGUGAGGUUCCCAAGAACCAAGUGCAAAGACAGAAGUACAAAAGAGUAAGUGAAAGAAUAUCUUUCUGGGAAGGUGAGAAAGCUGCUGCUAAGUUAACUCAUAAAGAACCCACAUUGUCAUGCAGUCAAGGGCAACCUUCGACUAAAGCAUAUCAGCCUGUGAAGUCCAUGGACAGUUUAUCUACAGGCCAGUGUGAAUAUAAUCAAGUCACUAGCAAACAAGUGGUCCUAGAUGAGAAUGGCCACACAGCCCAUCUCUCCAGUUUUUAUUCCUCGAAUAAACCUAAAGAGACCAGGCCCCAGAUAUCCGGUCCAUCCAAAAAUUAUCCUUCAGUUGACCAAUCAGGUGAAGUGUCUCCCUUUCAGAAUAAGAUAAAUGAGCCUAUAAAAAGAUUGCCAGUGGCAGAGAGUUGGCAUUAUGAAAGGGAUAUUACUUUACCAGCUGGGCAACAUCCUUCAAAUAUUGGGAGUGGAAUGCAUACUCCUUUGGAGAAAGACAAAUCUCUAAUCAGUGAAUCAAAUCCCAACUUUAAAGUUAAGUCCCUAAAAGAAAGAAUGGAUGAAUCCAAUACAGAACAGGUCUAUAAUCACUCUCAAUUUGAGAAUUUGAGAAAGUUUUGGGGCUUAGGAGCCAAUCCAAACAGUCAAGAAAAUGUUGAGAAGAAUACUAACACGAUAAGCCAAAAAUAUUUGGUGCCUUUUAAUAGCCAGAAACACAAAGAAUUCAGUGACAUUAAAUCAUCAGGAAAGAAUACCCAUGAAAUAGGGAUGCUUCCAGGUAAAAAAAAAAUUCUGGUAAGAGAGAAAAUAGAGAAAUUAAAUUCAAAGUGCACAUGCCAGGUGUUAUCAGAUGGAACCACGUUUCCAUUGGGACCAUCCAGAAAGUCUACUCAUCAUUUGCCAGGAAAUGAGUCAUCAAAGGAAAAUGUGGAAAAGAAUACGAAAUGGUUUGUUACGCCAGUGUUCGAGGAAGAAAAGGAUUACUCAGACCAAGAGAUUCAAGAAUCCAUAGUUAAAACAAGUGUUUUGUCUAAAGACUACAAAGACACUUUUAAUGACAGCUUACAGAAGCUACUUUCAGAAGCUUCAUCACUAGCCAUGCCUCCUUCGCGUGGAAAAGUUCAUGGAAAACAAAUGUCUGAACCAGAUAUUUCUGGAAAUAAGAGAUGGCCUCAAGAUACAGAUUUUGCUGAGACUGAAGAAGAUGACAAAGGACAUAAGGAGACCAUUAAUGAGCAUGUAGACAAAACAGUAGCUCCUUCAAAGGUUAAGCCGAACACUUUGACUGCUAGUCUAGACAAACUCCUAAAGGAAGCACCUGUAACUUCACCCUGUCCCUUGCCAAUUGUGUUGGAACCUGUUACCACUAGGAUCAACUCUGAACCUGAAGAGGGUAGAGUUUAUGAAAAAGGGAUAGAAUGGAGUCGCAGCACAUCAGCCUAUCAGAAAGAGAUAAUAGCUCCUUUUCCAAAGGGGAACGAAACUUUGGUAAAUACAGCUCUCCCCCAGAAAACUGAAAGUGGUGAGUGCCAACUAAGCAUGGAGGACUUACGUCAGGUGGUCGCAGAAGGUUCUCACCCAUCGGGUCAACCUUCCCAUCUUUACAGAAAAGAUUCUUUUGGGGAUGUGGCCAACUCUCCCCAAGAGAUGCCUUCUUCCAGGGAUGCUCAUCUUGCUCCCCAGGAUAAGGCAUUACCUUUGCGAAGGGAAAUUUCAGAGACUGUUGAAAAAGUCAUUCUUCCUCCUAAAACUGCCUCGAAUGAUGUAAAUGCUAUAUUACAAAAGCUACUGAGAGAAGCUUGUUAUCCAGUUGGGAGGGAAGUAGUUCCUGGAGAAGUACAAGCAGAAUUUCCUGAAGGAGUACAGGCAGCAGGUAGCCCCCAAAAUUCUACACCAUGGGCUACAAUGGACAUUACAGUGCCAGACAGAAAUGAUUUCUAUUCCUUCAAAGUAGUCCCUGAUAAAACUCAUAACGUUGGAUCUUAUUUAGCUGCCCGAAUACCUCCAUCAGAACAAACCUGUCGCUCAUGUGGUUCCACUGUUAGUCAGCGUGGCAAAGAGUUACCUCAGGAAAUGGCAGAAAUUGUGAGGGAAACAGUUACUCAACCUAAAUCAGAGUUCCUAGAAUUCAGUGCUGGCUUAGAAAAACUACUGAAGGAAGUAAUUGAAACCCCCUCCUCAAAAUAUGAAAGUGAUCCAGGGACUCUUUCUCCAUCAAAGUUAACAGGUAGGGCUGAGGUGUCCAGGCAAGCUGCUUCUGAAUUUCAAUCUGAGGAAAUCAAAGAAACAGUAAAAAAGUCUGAGACUCCAUUAAUCACUGAGAGUACUUUUGAUAUUAGUUUUGAGAAACUUUUUAGAGAAGCACCUGAAGCUCCUUCUUACCAGCUCCAGGUGUCAGUGAAAGAAGAAAAGCCUGAGAAGGAGCCUUCCCAGUCAAAGCAGGCCAGUUUCUUGAGGACAGUACCCCAUUUUGACUGGACAGCCUCAGAGGCCUCUGAAAUGAAGCUUAUGAGUAAUGUUUUCAAAUCACAAGUCAACCAGUGUGAUGAAGUGUUGGGAGGUGACAAAGCUGUGACUGAUUUAUCAGUAGAUCUUUGUGGUUCUGAAAGUGGGCUUGAGAUCCUUGGAACCCUGCAGUUCUAUGUGGAACAUAAAAUAGGGAUCACUGAAACUAUAAAGCCUGCAGAAGACAGGGAUAGUGAAAGUGAGGUUGCAGGGGUUCAAGAAGGGGCUUCUCAGGAGCCUGGCUUGGAAGAGGCUCCUAAAGCAAUUAGUAUGUCCAGAAAUAGGCAACCCAUUCCUCUCCUGACAAACACAGAAAAUGCUACAGAAACAAGUAACGUCGAAUUGAUUCUGGCAUCACCAUGUAAGAGAAUAGAGAAAAAAGAAGAAAAAGAUUUCUCUGAUUCUGAUUUUUCAGGUGGCGACAAGAGUUCCAAUGCAGAAAGCUGGAGAAAAACCUCCAGUUCAGAAGAAGAACCCAGUCCUGUCUUGAAGACUUUGGAAAGGAGUGCUGCUAGGAAAAUGCCUUCCAAAAGUCUAGAAGACAUUUCAUCAGAUUCACCAAAUCAAGCAAAAGUAGAUAAUCUGCCAGAAGAAUUAGUACGUAGUGCUGAAGAUGAUCAAAAAGCAGAUCAGGAACCAGAUACAAAUGAAUGCAUACCAGGAAUUUCCACAGUGCCUUCACAACCUGAUAAUCCGUUUUCCCACCCUGACAAACUCAAAAGGAUGAGCAAGUCUGUUCCAGCAUUUCUCCAAGAUGAGAGUGAUGACAGAGAAACAGAUACAACCUCAGAGAGCAGUUACCAGCUCAGCAGACACAAGAAGAGCCCAAGCUCUUUAACCAAUCUUAGCAGCUCCUCUGGCAUGACGUCCCUGUCUUCUGUGAGCGGCAGUGUGAUGAGCGUUUACAGUGGAGACUUUGGCAAUCUGGAAGUGAAAGGAAAUAUUCAGUUUGCAAUCGACUAUGUGGACUCACUGAAGGAGUUACAUGUCUUUGUGGCCCAAUGUAAAGACUUAGCAGCAGCGGAUGUUAAAAAACAGCGCUCAGACCCAUAUGUAAAGACCUAUUUGUUACCAGACAAGGGCAAAAUGGGCAAGAAGAAAACACUUGUAGUGAAGAAGACUUUGAAUCCUGUGUAUAAUGAAAUACUGCGGUAUAAAAUCGAAAAGCAAAUCUUAAAAACACAAAAGCUGAACCUCUCUGUUUGGCAUCGGGAUACAUUUAAACGCAAUAGUUUUCUAGGAGAAGUGGAACUUGACUUGGAAACUUGGGACUGGGACAACAAACAGAAUAAACAAUUGAAGUGGUACCCUCUAAAGCGAAAGACAGCACCUGUUGCCCUUGAAGCAGAAAACAGAGGUGAAAUGAAGUUAGCUCUCCAGUAUGUCCCAGAGCCAAUUCCUGGUAAAAAGCUUCCUACAACGGGAGAAGUGCACAUCUGGGUGAAGGAAUGUCUUGAUCUACCACAGCUAAGGGGCAGCCAUCUAAAUUCUUUUGUUAAAUGUAUCAUCCUUCCAGAUACAAGUAGGAAAAGUCGUCAAAAAACCAGAGCUGUAGGGAAAACCACCAGUCCUGUCUUCAACCACACCAUGGUGUAUGACGGGUUCAGGCCUGAAGAUCUGACAGAAGCCUGUGUAGAGCUUACUGUCUGGGACCAUUACAAAUUAACCAACCAGUUUUUGGGAGGUCUUCGGAUUGGCUUUGGAACAGGUAAAAGCUAUGGUACUGAAGUGGAUUGGAUGGACUCUACCUCGGAGGAAGUUGCUCUCUGGGAAAAGAUGGUAAAGUCCCCCAACACUUGGAUUGAAGCAACGCUGCCUCUCAGAAUGCUGUUGAUUGCCAAGAUUUCAAAAUGAACCCAAAGUCGACUGGCCCCUCCACUGAAAACUACAAAACAGGUGGAAUCAGAUCUUGAAAAUCUGACCGUGUGGACAGAUGCUCACCUGCUGCCCCUUGCCACUAACGGAGGCUACACAGCAUGUUAAAGUCAACCUGCAUAAGCUUCUUUGGUUACAAGCCCCACAAGAUUUAAGUAAGAAUCAAGUAUGUAACUUAUUUGUGACUUCAACAUUAAAGGAGAUAUUUGAGAAAGCUAGGAAAAUCAAACGGUUGAUGCUGCUUCAGAGAAAAAGCCGUCAAAGAUAUUAAAUGUUGGGUGCUUUUAACCAGCAAAAUAUUCUAGUUUGCCGUCCUGUGUUUCACACCACAUGCCAUGCUGCAGUUAGGAGGGCCUGCUACUCAGUGGUUGAAGAUCCUCGCAGAAACUGAAAAGAGGGACAGAAAAAUACACCUAGAAGGAGGGGGAAAGGCAGAAUAUCCAUGAUAAUAAAGCAUUUGACUAUAAGAAAACUAUUUACUUUGUAAUCUCCAUUAAAAUAUGGAAUUCCGGGUUAGGGCCAUAGGACUGAAUCUACCGCAACCUUUCCCGGCGUCAAAGUCUCAGAUGUGCUUUGGUGCCACCCACUGGCUCAGAGGUGGAAUUCAGCUUUUGGCUUAAUUUUCUCCUAAGAUCUCAAGCCUGUAUUUUCUAACAGACUGUAAAAACAAAAAACAAAACCUUGCAUAUAUGAUUCUGUUUUUCCUAUCACUCUACUAUAUGAAAUUAGCAUGAGAGUGCUCACAGACAAGCUUUGCAACGAAGCUUUAAUUAGAAUGUAAACUGUACUUCCUAUGUAUGUAUAAUUUUCAUAAAGUAUUUUGUAAAAACCCUUAGAGUAAAUUAUUAUAUGAUUUA